UUGGAUAAGCAAGGCUUGGAUAAGUGAGACUCUACUGUACAAUGAUUUUCAAAGGAUACAAACUGGGUUUUCAGAUACUGAGACAGUGGGACUCGAUACGCAAGGCUUCGGAGCCUUUUGCCAAAGGUAAAGUUUUCUUUUCUUUUUCAGACACAGAUAAAUGCUUUGAUUGUCCUGGAUAUCAGUAUCCAAAUGAUAACAAGGAUGGAUGUCUCGCCAAAGAAAUCACCUUCUUGUCCUUUGGAGAGCCCCUGGGGAUCAUUUUGACUGUGUUUGCUCUCAAAUUUUCUCUCAUCACAGUUUUUAUUCUUGACAUCUUUAUGAAGUACAAGGACACUCCCAUUGUCAAGGCGAACAAUAAGAACCUCACCUACAUCCUUCUGAGCUCCCUCCUUCUUUCCUUCCUUUGUGUUCUGCUGUUCAUUGGCCGACCUGGGAAGGCGGCCUGCCUCCUUCAACAAACUGCUUUUGGCGUGAUUUUCUCAGUGGCACUUUCUUCCAUUUUGGCCAAAACCAUCACUGUCAUUCUGGCUUUCGUAGCCACCAAGCCCGGGUCCAGAGUAAGACAAUGGAUGGGGAAGAGAUUGGCAUAUUCCAUUGUACUUUCUUGCUCCUUUUUUCAAGCUACUAUUUGUAGCAUCUGGCUGAUCACCUCUCCUCCAUUCCCAGACUUUGACAUGUACUCAGUGGCUCAAACAAUUGUAUUCAAAUGCAAUGAAGGCUCAAGCGGUAUGCUUUAUGCUCUCUUGGGUUUCCUGGGUUUCCUUGCUCUUGUCAGCCUCACUUUGGCUUUCUUAGCCAGGAAGUUACCUGACAGUUUUAAUGAGGCCAAGUUUAUCACCUUCAGCAUGUUGGUCUUUUGCAGUGUUUGGCUGUGCUUCAUUCCAACAUAUUUGAGCACGAGGGGCAAAAGUAUGGUGGCUGUGGAGAUUUUCUCUAUCUUGGCUUCCAGUUUUGGUUUAUUGGGCUGUAUCUUCUCACCAAAAUGCUACAUUAUUUUAGUGAAGCCUGAGCUGAACACCAAGGAACAGCUAAUAAAAAGAAGAAAUUAAAGACUCACUUUUUAUUCAAUUACAAAUAUUGAUGCACACUAUUCAGCUCACUAGUGCAUAAUUAGAAAUUAGAGAUAUAUUUUUCCAAGGUAAUAUUCUCAGUUGAAAGGGACUUGCUAAUCAUAUC